AUGGCAUAUCCUCAAUCAAUUCCCUUGGAUUAUGUGCACUUGGUUUGCCUCGGGCAUGUUCAAACAUUAAUAAAACGUUGGUGUCAGCUGAUUGAUAAAGAAAAAGUUAUGAAAAUGGAUAACAUGUUACUCAACACUCGUGUGCCACACAAUAUCCACGUUGUUUAUAAUGAAUUGAUUUCAACUGUUGAGUGCUGGAAAGUUAAACAUUUUCGACUUUUUGUACUCAACACUGGUUUGCCUAUAGGAAUUAUUUGUCUUCCUAUUUUAAAUGCAUCGCAUUGGACAAUUUAUUAUGUUGCCAUAAAACUUUUGCAUGCACCGGAAUCAAUAGAAGAUAUCAAUUUUGCAGAACAUUUAAUAAAUUAUUAUUGUCGUACUAUUUCUGAAGUUUAUGAUCAAUCAUUAGAAUAUUAUUCAUUACAUGCACACCUUCAUUUGCCUCCACAAGUACGAUUACAUGGUGGCUUGUCAUUCUGUUCCGCGAGAUAA